UUUCAGAUACCUUUAAAAUGAUUAAUCGAGGUUGACAAAAGUAAUGCUUCACCAACAGUAAUCUUCUUUAAUCACUUUUAGGCCUGAAUUGUUUUCUCGUGGUAAACAAAACAUUUGUCACGUGCCUCGAGUUAUUUGGAGUCCAACUGAAUUUUAACAAUCAAAGUUAUAUUCAUUGGUAAUACAUAAUGAUAUUUAUAUAUGACUUUUCACGUAGAAUUGUUACUAAAUUACAAAUUAAGUUUAUGUUAAGAAAUACGCAAUCAGAAAGUCUGAAACAAUGAGCUUUUAAAUGAUUUUUUAAACAUCGUUUCAUAGUUUCCUAUACAAACAUGAUGCUGUUUUUAUAGAAAGUAGUAUAUAUUUAUAGAAUUUUAUAUAAAAUUUCCUUAAAAGGAAAUAAAGUUAUCAAAUUAUGAAAGAUAAUGAUUUUAAGACGUCGAAUACAAAUUAUUUCAGAUUUCGCUCUCAUCGCUUCGAGAUUUCAACGUUUUCCUUUUGCUACAUAUUCUUGGCGAUAUUAAAAUAUUGAAAAAUAGAGAAAUUAAUUCUUUCAAAACUUGAUAUAUUUGUUUAAUUCUUUGCCUUUUUAUAUUUCAGAAUUGUGUAGUUACAGGGAAAUUUCACAAAUGUUUGAAUAGCUUUCGUAACGUUUAAGAAAUUAAUAUUAAAUAAAUUAAUUCAUAUUUAUAUUUUCUUUUUAAUAUUGGCCCCUGUAUUAAUAAAAUUAACAAAGGACUCUCUCUUUAGUACAUAAAUAAAUAAGUAAAUAAAAUAAUAGGUACAACAAAAUAAAUGAAUGACUAUAAAUCAUCCAAUAUCUUUUUAGGGUAUUUCUCAUCUAUUUUUAUUACGCAAUGCUACGAUUGUUAUAACGGUUAAUGAUGAAGAAAAGUUAGAUUAUUUUAUCACACUUAUAUUUUCACACAUUUUUUAAGAACUUUUAACAUUAAUAAAAUAUAUUCUAAUAUUUACAACUUUUUCUUGCAUUUGUUACAAUCAUUUAAGAAUUAUGUAAACACAUAUAUCUACAUUUGUGUUUCUACACCUUUUCCAUGCAUUUCUUAAAAACUUAUGAAAUAUAUAAAUUUUCAAAUUUAUACAACGAUCUUAUACAAUUGUCAUUUUAUGAGAUUUAAAAAAAAUGAAUGGAGCGGAAUGAAAUAAAUAGAAUUAAAAACGAAUGUCAAAAUUUGGCAAAUAAUGCAUCGUAUAAAAUGAUAAGAAAUUGCUCGUGGAAUUGCUAUACAUAUAUUACGCAUAAGUUGCCCGAGUGUCUCACAAUCAGUUCUAGCACGAUCUCGAGUAAUGCCUUGGUCGUUGCUUGCACAAUGGACCAUACGAGUGAUUCCAUACUUAGAUAACAUGCAACUGGCACUGGCAUUUACAGUUAAGCGAAUUAUUGUCAGUGAUUUCAAACGAGUCCGAGCGAGAUGAAAUGCUUGAGUUGUUAUCACUUUUUGUGUUUUUUUAUUGAGUCGUGCUAGAAAAUCCAAAGCUUACUGUUAAAUAAUUUUUUGGGUUGGAAUGACGUAAGUUUUCACGGCAGCAAUCAAGUACCUACGCCAAACUUAGACGCUCUCGCUUACCACGGAGUAAUACUUCAACGGCAUUACGUUUUGCCGAUAUGUACUCCAUCAAGGACAGCUUUCCUUACCGGACGUUAUCCUAUUCGAACAGGUAUGCAAGGCUAUCCGCUGAGAGCAGGCGAGCCUCGCGCAAUACCUUUAAACAAUACUCUUCUCCCGGAAUAUCUACGAAAAUUGGGAUACACUAGUCAUCUCGUAGGAAAGUGGCACGUUGGUUAUUACAGUGACUAUCACACGCCAGCGUAUCGUGGCUUCGAUACCUUUUUCGGCUACUAUAAUGGUUAUAUUACAUUUUUUAAUCACACCAUUGUUCAAAAUAAUUACACCGGUCACGAUUUGCAUUACGACGUGCCUGGGAGACUGUCCGCGGAAUACGAUUAUCAAUACAUAACCGAUCUUAUCACCGAUAAGGCUGAAAACAUAAUCGCGAACCAUGAUCGUAGACGACCACUGUAUCUCCAAUUGGCACACGCCGCUGCCCAUUCCACUGACUCCGAAGAUAUAAUGGAAGUUCGCGAUGAGAAGAAAAUGAAUGCUACCUUAGGCUACAUAGAAGACUUUGGUAGAAGGAAGCUUGCAGGUGUGGUUACCGCUUUGGACGAAUCUGUCGGUAGAGUAGUGAAGGCGUUGAAAGAAGCGGAGAUGUUGGAAAAUUCGAUUAUUGUCUUCAUGUCUGACAAUGGUGCACCAACUGUGGGUUCUUCGCAGAACUACGGAUCGAAUUAUCCUCUUCGAGGGAUAAAGUUAACACUUUUCGAUGGUGGUAUCCGUGGCGUGGCGUGCAUCUAUUCGCCAUUGAUAAAAAGCGUCUCCAGAAUUUCUGAUAGUUUGAUGCACAUUACCGAUUGGUUACCGACAUUUUACUCGGCUGCGGGUGGCAAUCUAGAGGAUCUAGGAGAAACUCUCGAUGGUGUUGAUCAAUGGGAUACCAUUGUUUCUGCGAAGGGAACUGGCCGCACUGGUGUAUUGUUAAACAUAGAUGAAGUUGCAAACGUUUCGUCGGCUUUAAUAGGAAGAUAUAAAUUACUCAAUGGAGCUGUUUCUGAAUACCCUAAUUUCUAUGGUGACAACGGUAUAAACAAAUUGUACCCACAGUACAAUACAUCCAGUGUUUUGCGAUCAUUAGCAGGCUCUGCAAUUGCAAAAAUAUCGAAGUCUACGUUAAAAGAUGAGGACGUAAUUAAGCUUCGAGAAAAGGCAACAGUAACUUGUAAGAACUUCACGACGUAUUCUACAUGUUUACAUACAUGUUUGUUCGACGUUUAUAACGAUCCUUGCGAGACAACAGAUUUGUCUCUCGAAUAUCCAAAGAUUGUGGACGAAUUAAAUCACUACAUAAAAGAAUACAGUAAAGUUUUAAUGCCUCAAACAAAUGCACCAGUGAAUUCAGCCUCUUUACCCCAACACUUCAACGGAACAUGGAUGCCUUGGAUAGUUAAAUAUCCUUUACAUCUAAUUUCUUAGUACCUCGUGACACAAAAUCAAUCUACAAAUUAUUCAUACUUAAA